AUGCCUUCCCGGGCGCCGCUGCGGCGCCUGGCCUGCCUGCUGGCCUGCCUGCUGCUGGCCGGAGCCUCCGGGGCCUCCCCGCGCCGGGAGCGCGCCCCGAAGGCGGCCUCCUGGGAGGAGGUGAACGUGCUGGCCCACGGGCUGCUCCAGCUGGGCCACGGGCUCCGCGAGCACGUCGAGCGGCUGGGCGGGCAGCUGCGCGAGCUGAGCGGCCGGCUGGGCGCCCACAACGCCUCGCUGGCCGGCCUGGAGCGCUCGGCGGCCGAGCAGCGGGAGCGGCUGGCCCGAGCCCAGCGCCUCUUCGACGGCCGCUGGGCCGAGCUGGACGGGCGGCUGCGCGGGCUGGAGGGCCGGCUCGACGGGACGGGCUCGGCGGGAGCCGGGAACAGCAGCGGGAACGGCCCGGCGGCGGUUACAACAACGGCGGCGGCGGCGGAGGAAGAGCAGGGCGCGCUGCAGAACCUGAUCAGGCGGCAGAACGUGAGGAUUGAGGAACUGAUCCAGAAGAUCAAGCAGCAGCAGUUCCGGAUGGACAAACAGAACCUGCAGAUUAAGAGCCUUCAGAGCAAGGUCAACACGCUCAUCCCGUUGCACGGCAGCGAGAAGGACCUGCAGAGGCCCCGGUGGAAGGUGACCGCCCAGCGGAGCGCGGACGGUCAAGCGGUCAACCACAGCCAGUUGGCCAAGCCUGCUGGGAGCCCGGAAGCUUCGAGAGAUUUCUGGCUGGGCUUGGAGAAGACGCACCGGGUGGUGAAGGCGGAGGCCUUCCAGCUGCUGAUUGAGCUGCAGGACUGGGAAGGCAACGCGCAAAAAGCCCACUUCCUCUUCCGGCUGGGCGGGGAGGAGACGGCGUACACCCUCAGCCUCCUGGGACCCAUCCGGGGGGAGCUGGAGAGCGCCAUGGGGGACUUCCCCCAGCUGCCCUUCUCCACCCGGGACCGCGACCACGACCUGAAGGGCGACACCAACUGCGCCAAGCACCUCUCAGGGGGCUGGUGGUUCAGCUACUGCGGCCACGUCAACCUCAACGGCAGAUACUUCCGCUCCAUCCCACGCCAGCGGCACGAAAGAAAACAAGGCAUCUUCUGGAAGACCUGGCGGGGGCGCUACUACCCCCUGCGAUACGCUGCCAUGAAGAUCCGCCCUGCAGAGCCGGACCGGGGGUCCUAA